UUAUAAUGUGAUAUUAAAAAUACAUACAACCCUAAAUCUCUUCUACCACCUGCCCCUAUUUUUAUAGCGGUACGAAGUUCGCUGGGUCAGCUAGUAAAUUAUAAAAAACGAUUGUUAGCAAAGCUGACAAACUGUGUAUAUUACUGUCGAGGAUUGAAAUAAAGGAAUGAAUGUAGGCCUAGUAAUAUUGAAGUGACGAGGCGAAGCUGAGUACUUGUCAAUUAAUUUUAAAACGUUUAAACUGAACAAGGCCGUCACUUGCUUUUCUCUAAUUUGCGAGAAAACAAACAAAUUAUUUCAAGAACAAUAAACACUGAGUUGAUGUUGAAUGUUCAAGUUUCUACAAUAAGUCUGAAGCGGCUGAAGAAGCAAAAGCAUGCAAAUACAAAGGUCUGGGCUCCGAAUAUGAUUUUGUCCCAUUCGGUGUCGAGACCCUUGGUCCGUGGGGUACUAGCGCUAUAAGGUUUUUUAAGGAAAUAUCAAAAAGGGGGCCCAGAUUCUUCCAAAGAGACAGUGAAAGAAACCGAAAUGAAAGUGUAUCCGGCGAAAACUGGAGGAAAAAAUUUCUAUUUCACUACAAGAGUUAUGUUCUUGUUUUGCAAAUGCUCCGGAUUAUUUCCCGUAAAUGGUUUAUUGCAGAAAACAAGCCGGUCCUUGGGAUUCUCCUGGUUUUCUAUAAAUUUUAUUUUGUGCGCAAUCAGUAUCAUUGCGCAAUACACUUUACUGAUUGUUUUCACACACAGCUGCUUGAAUUUCGAUACUAUAUCCCAAUAUUCUACUUUGGCGCUUUGGAUUUUUGUAACGUUAGGUCCACUCCUGUUUUUUAACUUCAGCAGAAAGUUCACAAAAAUGAUCGAAGACAUUGAAACACUCGAAGCUGCCUUACCAAAAAUCACUAAUAAUGUAGAAAUACGAAGGAAAAUUAAUUUGAUAGCCGUUUACAUAGCUGUCACUGUGUUAGUGAACAUUGCCAUUAUAGUGAGCUACAUCAUACAAGAUCUCUUGAGUACAGCUGUCGUGUGCCAGUACCUCUAUAAAGGAAACGACAAUGGAACCUGCAUGGAUAAGGAUCGUGUGCGAAGAAACGCGUGCUUGUACACCCAUGUGCCCUAUAGUCAUGCCCUGACAUUUGUUAUUCAGCUUGUAAGACUGCAAGGGGCAUUUCUUUGGAACAUUAGCUCUGGAAUGAUCAUCGCGUGUUGUAUCUAUUUGGAAAAUCUAUUUCAAAAUUUCAAUGAUGUGUUGAUUGAGAAAAGUUUGAAAAUGAAUGGAAAUAGAGUAAACUGGAACGAAAUGAAAGCUCACUACACCAAUUUGAGUGAACUUGUACGAAAAUUGGACCAUUACAUAAAUCCUAUUACGUUCGUGACAUUCUUUACCAACAUGACGUUCAUAUGCCAACUGCUAUUUUUGGUCAUUGGGAGAAGCGAAUUCCGUAACUAUCGUUUGUUCUUCUCGACCGGUCUCACAGUGAUCAAAAUAGGUCUCAUGUUGUUCACAUCGGCACAACUUCACACCACGAGCCGCAAACCUUUAGAACUGUUGGGGAGUAUACCGCGAGCUAUUUAUACUUACGAGACGCAACAGUUUAUGGAGCAAGUGUAUCAUUCAAAAGUUGCGAUAAGUGGUUUCGAAUUAUUCUACUUCACAAAGGAGACUAUACUUACGGUGUGCAGUGUUAUAGUGACGUACGAAUUAAUGCUUUUUCAAAUGUAGGAAUCAACGUGCAUAAGCAAAAAUUAAACUGACACUUAUUGGGGACAAGUGAACAAAUAAAUCAGUCGAGUUUUAAGCAUUUGUUAUAUACAUUUUUCAUGUCAACACUUCAGCAAGACUAAAAUUGUAAAUGCAUUUAUAUUUCGUUGAAUUGUUUUGUUAAAUAAAUGAAAUUCGUUGUCAUUUUAUUGAAAAGCGC